AUGGCUUCCGAGGUCCCACCCUUGCGCAUCCAGAAGGGCGGCGGCAAUGGGCCCAGCUCCUCGCCGUCCAAGCUGCCACGAAUAACUAAUCGUCCUCUCUCCGAGUUGAGUCCUAUGGCAAUUCGCAGGAACUCUCCAAGUUUCCCACAAUCAAAAAACUCGCCGGUCACUUCGUCGCCUUUCUCCACGAAUUCACCACGUCUAUUUUGGCAGGGCCGCGAUCCCAGUUCUCCUGCCAGAGAACACACCGAGACUCCUCCCGCCUCCUCCCCACCGAAGCGUUCGUCCAUUGAGAACCUGAAGAAGGCUUCAAGAGUGAAAAACAGUAGCAUGUUUGCCCUCGAACAGAGCACUCACUACGAUCCUUCGCGUCCGGCGAUUCUUGACGGCCGGCCUCAGAGCAUGCAGUUUCCACGACAGUCAUCUCCAAUCCGAGGUUCAGAUGCCGGGCGAAAAGAAAAUUUUGCACCGCUGGACAAGACCUCGCCGGGUCAAGCACAAGCGAGCCAGCAGGAGGAUGAGUCCAAAGCCACAGCCAAUUCUGUUACACCCCUCUCGCCAAGUCGACUGAAUAGCUCCCCGGCCAAGUCAUCACUAUCAAAGAAGACGGGUUCAGCCUUCAGAAGCAGUGGUUUUAAUCCCGAGACUGGCAUUUGGGAAGACGAUGAAGAUUUCCAAGACAGACAACUGCCCGCGGGUCGUGGGUUGCACCGUCAUCAGAAAAGCGUUACGUUUGACCAAGCGCCUCCACAAAUCAACGAAUACGAGAUGACCACACCUGCCCCUUCUUCGAUUGCUUCGGGAUCGCGUGAGGGUAGCUACGAAUCCACAGAUGACGAUGAAGAUGAGGACGAGGAAGCGAGCUUUGAGAGAGGUUCUUCAAUCGACCAUGACGACAGCUUUGACGCGUCCCUCGAGGACACCGAAAAGACACCGGUUGUGUUGCCCGAGGACUGGCGCUUCAUGAGCCCCGAGAGUGCCAACACUGACCUGUCUCGUCAUGAAGAAGACGUCUUCGAAGAGGACUGCGGCAGUCCCGCCCCAACUGCACAGCCAAGCAUUCCGUCUUUCCGCCCUCAUCAGACAAGUGCAAGCUCUGUCGACUCCAACGGACAGUCUCGCCCUCUUCCACCACUUCCGCCUGUGGCUGGAUCACAAGGGCAUUCGAGGUCCGACAGUCUAACAGGAGCCCUUGAACGUAUGAGCGUUGCGUCACGAUCUCUCCCAAGCCCUCCAUUAGCUACCACGAUCUCGAAAGCAGACAUUCAAAAGAUCGGGACUGGGACCUCCCUUUCCGCGGAGGACAGAUUGAGGCUAAUGGCACUCCAAGAACAGGAGAGAGAACGUCGGAUGAGGCGAAUGGGUUCUAAGGACGCUAUCCCACUUCGCAGCAGCAGUAAUGAAGAGUCGCUCGUCGAGAGUUGUGAUUCACGACCAAAUCAGUCCGAGUCCGGAAAUUCGACCCCACGGCUUUCGAGGGCGUCGAUCCUUGAAGGCCUGCGUGGUCAGGUCGCCGCUGCCAGUCGAGAGAGCAGUGAGGAAAUUCCAGACGCUUCUCAAUCGCGGGACCUCUCCUCUCUCGAUCCUGACGUUCCGAUACCCUCGUUGGAAGAUCCCACACAACCGCGUAUUAAAGUGGAGGAGGACGAAGAGCCUGACUUGUACUCUAUCCCAGACAUGUACAUGGGACGUACAGCUUCAGGUUCAGACGUUAGUACGAACCACGAUGACGACCUCACCAGCCAGUAUUCGCAACCUUCGAUGGCGUCUUUUCCUGCUCAGAUGACGGAAGAAGGAGAAGACACCCCUAAAGCACAGAGUCCAGCUCGGGAGUUGAACACCAAGCCCGUGACGUCUGAGCGUAUGUCUUUGCCAGAUUUCACCGACUUUGGCAAGACGAGCAGCUUCGAUAUUGGACUUGCCCCGUAUUUGAGCAACAAGGAGGAGAUUGUGAAACCAGCCAACGUUGUUACGCCACCCUCUCAACUACCUGACCUCGCUGCUCUCCGUCAGUCAAUUCAGCGGCCAUACACUCCGGAAGUCCAGCUCAACGCAUUCCAAAGUCGCUCAACAUUUAGCCCAGAGCAGGCUGUGCCAGCAACACCUGAGUCUGUGGUCAGACACUCUGCUCCACGUACAACCUCUCCUGGCAACGUCGACAAUGAAUCAGAAGAGGAUGAGCGCGCUGCGCAAGCAGAAAGUGACCGUUCAAUUAGCCCCUCCGAAAGUGGUUCUGUCUUGGUUCAUGACAAGGAACUUUCGCCCGUCUCUCCUAUCUCGGCCAACUUUGACGAGAACGCAGAGGUAGCAAAAGGAGAUUCCACUAAUGCAGAAGUAGUUGAUGAGAACCGACCGGAGACUGACAUCGAUGGAGAGAAGAAGCGGGUUAGCAGCCUAGUACCCCUUGACAUUCCGACUGCUGGAUUGGACGAAGGCCUCGGAUUGGGUCUCGAGAAGGAGUUCGACCGUGUUGUGGAAACCCAGAAGGUAGAGUUUGAACUCUCAUUGCAACGUCUUUAUUACCCUUUCCACGGACGAUUCCCCUCCAGUGAGCUGCCCGAAGCGAAGGAGUGGAAAGGAGGCAAUCCCAUGGAAAACAUCCCAGUUCUCCCCAAACCUCGUGGAGCGCGUCCGCUACGAGGAGCACAUCUUGCUAUUUCUCCAGACAGAUAUAUUGAUGAAGAGUCAUUUGCUAAUCGAGCUGGCCGCCGACAGAGAGGAUACCUGAUGAGACAGAACACCAAAAUCGUCGUCGCAAGUGAACGUAUAUCUCAGGAUGAAUGCAGAUCUCCUGGCCUUCCGACGGCAACUGAAGAUGGUCUGCUGGGUGUCCCCGCAGAGGCUAACCACGUCCAUGCGUCACCGCGCAAGACGAGUCAACCAACUUGGACUGCUGAGCCAUGGAAUGGUAAGAUCCGACGGAAAAGCAUUCGAGUUGGCGGGGAAAAGGCCGUCAGCAAGAGGAAGCCAGUCGAGGGCCCUGUGCCGCCUUUGCCGGGACACGCGAGCAAUGCCCAAGAGGGUCUUGACGCUGUUGCAGAAGACGAGAUCGGAGAAGAGGAGGAGUGGGAGGAUGGAGCUGAACGUGGCCGACUUUUUGUCAAGGUGGUCGGUGUCAAGGACCUCCAGAUGCCAUUUCCUCAACACGAACGCACUUUCUUCGCUCUCACGCUGGACAAUGGCAUGCACUGCGUCACGACUGCCUGGCUGGACCUUGCUCGAAGCGCACCUAUCGGUCAGGAAUUUGAGCUAAUCGUUCUCAAUGAGCUUGAAUUUCAACUCACUCUGCAGAUGAAAUUGGAGGAACCUAAAGUCGAACGGCCGCAGUCUCCUUCUAAGCCGCCCGCGUCGCCUAAGAAGCAAGGAGCUUUCGGGAGGUUGUUUGGAUCCCCCAAAAAGAAGAAAGAGUCAGAUGUCAGAGCUCAGCAAGAAGCCCAGGCAGCCAGAAGACCAGUAACGCCUCCUUCAGCGUACGAGCUGGUUCAAGGUCUUGUUGCAAAGGACGGUUCAUUUGCUCGAGCUUACAUUUCGCUCAGCGAGCACGAAAAGCAAGCAUAUGGAAGGCCAUACACUGUAGACAUCACCUGCUUCAACGAGUGGGCAAUGGAAGAGGUCCACGUGGGCAGUUCGAGAAGCAAGAAGAGCGUGACGCAGCUCCAGCGCCGUCCGCCUUAUGAGAUUGGCAAGUUGGAACUGCAGUUGUUGUAUGUGCCGAAACCGAGAGGAGCCAAGGAUGAUGAUAUGCCAAAGAGCAUGAAUGGUGCAGUUCGGGCACUGCGGGAGGCUGAAGAACGACUGGCACAACAAGCAAAUAUCAAAGAAUUUGAGGGCUACCUGAGCCAGCAAGGAGGCGAUUGUCCGUACUGGCGACGACGGUUUUUCAAGCUUGCCGGAACCAAACUGACGGCAUUUCAUGAGACGACACUCCAACCCCGAGCAACGAUCAACCUUGCGAAAGCUACGCGUCUCAUUGACGACAAGACUGCGUUGACGCAGAGGGAGACGUCGACCAAGGGUGGCGGCCGCCGCAAGAGUGGGUUCGCGGAGGAGGAAGAGGGCUACAUGUUUGUUGAAGAGGGUUUCCGAAUCCGCUUUGCCAACGGAGAAGUUAUCGACUUUUAUGCCGACUCGACCGCGGAGAAAGAGGAAUGGAUGCAAGCACUCUCGCAGGUGGUGGGCAAAGGCGUGCAGAGUGGCUCGGCCCCGAUCAAAGGCUGGACAGAAAUGGUCCUCAGGCGGGAGAAGAAGAUGAAGGCUUCAGGCCCAGCACAACGUCCCAAAGUCGGUCAUCAACGAACGGAGACUUACCAUGCCGGUGGUGGGAUGAGUCAGGCAAACAGUCCAGUAAAGGCAGCGGUCAGUCGGGAGGAGAGACAUCGAAAGACGAAGAGUAUGUACGCGUGA